AUGGAUAUCCCUCAAGACUCACCUCAGCUGGAGCCACCAAAGGUAUCAGAAUACCAACGAUCUUUUAGCCCACCCCCAGCCUACAUCUACAAAGAAAACAGACCAAAAUCUACCAAAACUUAUUCUACGGCAGGAAUCGAAAAACGCAAUAAGGUCGAAAGACUCAGUGAAAAUAAUGGCGACAAUUCAAACCUUGCAGCUCGUUCCAAUCAGAGAGGGACCUCAGAAGCAAAAGCCGAGGACCACCUUCAACACCGACAGACCGCUCGAAGGGACUCAAGACCAAAACUGCGUCGUAGGCGACUCCAAUCCGAGUACCAAGCAAAUUACAAGGAUCUUUCGGAUUAUGCAACGGUCGCGAAAAGACAAAGUGACAUAGCCAGGCAGAAUCAACGGCAAGUGGAGGGAAGCCAUUUCUCAAGGCAAUACUUCAACCAACUUGAGUCAGCCUGCGUGGACUUGUGGGACCCUCCAAGUUCUGCCAGAUCUGAAACUGUUGGAAUUGACCGCAACCUAUGGAAAAAGCGUUUAAUGGAUUACAACUUAUCUCCAAUCGGACGCCGUUCUGAAGGACCUCUAACGGAAAACACAUAUGUGCCCUCACAGCAGCCACAUCGCUUUUCAUCGGGAUACCUUGCCUCAAAGGUAUCAGGUAAAUACGAGCCAAGCAAAUACCUACAGACACCACGCAAGGAAGAUCCACGGAUAAGGGUCCUUUCGCUAGAGGAAGCUGGCGACCUGAAUUGCACACCUACUCACCAUAUUUGCAACAGGGGAAGUAGUUUUCUAACCUCUCAGGUGAGGCAAGAACAGAGGUGUACCUCACCUUUGGCAGUGCGUUGCCAUUCGCCUAGUCAUUCGGGUCCCUCUUCUCCAGCACCGACUUGUCUUCACUCAGCUUCGAGGCGAAUGCUGACCCCCCACCUUAGUCUGGCCGAAAGUACACUGGAUCGCGCUUUACGUCGUCAUAACAAGUUACUAAUUUCGACAUAUCGUGACUAG